AUGGUUAAAUCCGCAGUUUUAGGUUUUCCAAGAAUUGGUCCUAAUAGAGAGUUAAAAAAAGCUACAGAGGCCUACUGGAAUGGUAAGAUUUCUGUAGAUGAAUUAUUCAAAGUGGGUAAAGAAAUUAGAGCUGCCAAUUGGAAGUUACAAAGGGAUGCUGGUGUGGAUAUUAUUGCAUCCAACGAUUUCUCCUUUUAUGAUCAGAUCCUUGACUUGGAAGUCUUGUUCAAUGUUAUCCCAGAACGUUAUGCCAAAUAUGACUUACCAUUAAUUGAUACACUUUUCGCUAUGGGUAGAGGUUUGCAAAGAAGGGCUACUGAAACUGAAAAGGCCGUUGAUGUUACCGCCUUAGAAAUGGUUAAGUGGUUUGAUUCUAACUACCACUAUGUGAGACCAACUUUCUCCCAUUCUACUACUUUCAAAUUGAAUGGUCAAAAGCCAGUCGAUGAGUUCUUAGAAGCUAAAGAAUUAGGUAUUCAAACUAGACCUGUUUUAGUCGGUCCAGUAUCUUUCUUACACCUAGGUAAGGCUGACAAGGAUUCUUUGGAUUUAGAUCCAUUAUCCUUACUGGACAAGUUAUUACCACUUUAUGUUGAAAUCUUAAAAAAAUUGGCUGCUGCUGGUGCUGUUGACGUUCAAAUUGAUGAACCUGUCUUAGUCUUAGAUUUACCACAAAAUGUUCAAGAUGCUUUCAAGACUGCUUACACCAAGCUGGGUCAAGAAGCGGGUUUACCAAAUAUCAUUUUAACUUCUUACUUUGGUACUGUCGUUCCAAACUUGGAAGCUAUCAAGGGCUUACCAGUUGGCGGUUACCACUUCGAUUUUGUUAGAGCUCCAGAACAAUUUGAACAAGCUGCUUCUAUUAUUGGUGACAACCAAACUUUAUCUGUUGGUAUUGUCGAUGGUAGAAAUAUUUGGAAGAAUAAUUUUGCUAAGUCUUCUGAAUUUGUCAACAAAGCUAUCGCAAAGUUAGGUCAAGACAGAGUUGUUGUCGCUACUUCUUCCUCUUUAUUACACACACCAGUUGACUUAGAAAAUGAAAAGAACUUAGAUGCUGAAUUAAAGAACUACUUCUCUUUUGCCACUCAAAAGUUGACUGAAGUCGUUACUAUUGCUAAGAAUGUCUCCGGUGAGGAUGUUUCUGCUGCUUUGGCUGCUAAUGCAGAAGCUAUUAAGGCUAGAACCAAUUCUUCUUUGAUUAAUGAUCCAGCUGUUCAAGCUAGAGUUGCUUCCAUCGAUAAAAAGAUGUCUACUAGAGCUGCUCCAUUCGCCACUAGAUUACCUCUUCAACAAAAGAGAUUUAACUUCCCAUUAUUCCCAACCACCACUAUCGGUUCUUUCCCACAAACCAAAGAUAUUAGAAUUAACAGAAACAAGUUUGCCAAGGGUACUAUCACUGCUGAAGAAUACGAAAAGUUCAUUGAAUCCGAAAUCGAAAAGGUUAUCAGAUUCCAAGAAGAAAUCGAUUUAGAUGUCUUAGUUCAUGGUGAGCCAGAAAGAAACGAUAUGGUUCAAUACUUUGGUGAACAAAUUAAAGGUUAUGCUUUUACUACUAACGGUUGGGUUCAAUCUUACGGUUCCAGAUAUGUUAGACCACCAAUUAUUGUCGGUGACUUAUCUAGACCAAAGGCUAUGUCCGUUAAGGAAUCUGUCUAUGCCCAAUCCAUUACUAAGAAGGCUGUCAAGGGUAUGUUAACUGGUCCAAUUACUUGUUUGAGAUGGUCUUUCCCAAGAGAUGAUAUUGAUCAAAAGACUCAAGCCUUCCAAUUAGCUUUGGCUUUGAGAGAUGAAGUCAACGACUUGGAAGUCGCAGGUAUUAAGAUUAUCCAAGUCGAUGAACCAGCCUUAAGAGAAGGUUUGCCAUUAAGAGAAGGCACUGAAAGGGCUGCUUAUACUGUCUGGGCCGCUGAAGCCUUCAGAAUUGCUACCUCUGGUGUGGCCAAUGACACUCAAAUUCACUCUCACUUCUGUUAUUCUGACUUGGAUCCAAAGCAUAUUAAGGCUUUAGAUGCUGAUGUUGUCUCUAUUGAAUUCUCCAAGAAGGAUGACGCUAACUAUAUUGCUGAAUUCCGUGAUUAUCCAAACCAUUUAGGUUUCGGUUUAUUCGAUAUCCACUCUCCAAGAGUUCCAUCGUUAGAAGAGUUCACUGCUAAGAUUGAGAAUAUCUUAAAGACAUAUCCAGCUGAAAAGUUCUGGGUUAACCCAGACUGUGGUUUAAAGACAAGAGGUUGGGAAGAAACGAGAGAAUCUUUGACUAAUAUGGUUGCUGCUGCUAAGCACUUCCGUACCAAGUACCAAAAAUAA